AUGAUCUCGGACGACCUCACCCUCAACACACCCGUGCCGGCCCGCACUCCCAACCUCGACUUGCUGCGAGCGAGCGGCGUCUCCUUCCCGCACACGUACGCCCAGCUGUGCUCCUGCGCGCCGUCCCGCGUCGCUAUAUUCACCAGCCUGCGCCCAGACCAGACGGGCGGGUGGACCAAUGCCAGAGAGGACAAGGUGCGCUUCUUGGAGCCACCGGCGAGUCCUUACACGCUGCUCCCGCAAGCCUUCCGCGACAACGGGUACUAUGUGCGUGCCUACGGUAAGCUGCUUCACCGGGGAAGGCGGGCAGCCGGCGCCUCUAUCGAGAUCCUUCGAAGCGUCGACGCCUACCUCCGGUCGCCAGAGCCCUUUCGAUUCUACCACGACAACCGGACCGUGCGCGGCGGUGUCACCAAGGCCGAACUCGAGCGCACCACCGGUGAUGUCGAUCUUGCUCCAUUCGACGCGGGACAGACCGCUGAGGGCAUCAGCGUGCCUGACGAUGCGUACGAGGAUGGGUGGUACGGCGACAAUGCCGCGGCGUGGGUGCGUGACUGGCCGGCCAAUGCCGCGCCCUUCUUCCUCUGCAUCGGCUUCUGGCGGCCGCACAUCCCCUUCAACGCUCCAAAGAUGUACUGGGACUACUACGGCGCGGCCGAGGUAGCGGCCGCCAUCCCAGACAGGUACGACGGCAUGCGCCAGAUGCCGAGGGGCACGCUCUCCUUCACCGCUCCGGCCGCGGCAGAGCUGCUCUUGCAUGGCCAGGACUUCUCAAGCACCGAACAGGAAUUCAUCCCGCGCACCCCGUUUGGGCUCGGAAACGGAGUGCCCAACUCGACGAUGUGUGGCGACCCGCCGAUGACGUGCUGGAUGCGGCCGACGCCCCUGCUGGCGGACGCGCGCAACUUGCUGCACGGCUACCUCGCGAGCGUGGGCAAGCUGUUCCACGCGCUCGAGGGGAGCGCGCACGGCGCAAACACCGUCACCGUCUUCACGAGCGACCACGGAUAUCACCUCGGUGACCGCGGCGGCUUCUGGACCAAGCACACCAACUUCGAAGCGGCGGCGCGAGUGCCGCUCUUCAUUGCGGCGCCGUGGCUGCCCGAGCCCGGGACGGAGGCGGCGGGCGUCGCCGAGCUGAUUGACAUCUACCCGACCUUGGUCGCGAUGGUGGAGCGCAAGGCGCCGGGCACGAUUUCGGUGCUGCCGAGCCAACGACUGGCGGGGACGUCGUUGCUGCCGACGCUCCUCGACCCGAGGGUCCCAUCGAAGGGCGUCGCCUACACUCAGUUCCAGAAAAGGGUGCGCACGCUCGGGCCGGAGCGCGGCGAGCCCGCGAAGCUGCCCAACAUGGGCGGCGCGAACUCGAAGCGGGGCGCCAACGGGAUGGGCUACUCCGUCCGCGUGCGCGACGCGGGAAGGGACUACCGCUACACCGAAUGGUGGAGGACAGCCGACCUAGACGCAAUAGUCGCGCCGACGAUUGCGGAGGACAACAAGACGAACGUCAACAUGGCCUGGUGCGCAAACCCCGCCAACGCGUCUACCUGCGUCGCCGGGCCUGCGGUGCGCGAGCUCUACUACUACGAGGGCGCCUCGCUGAUUGAGACGGUGAACGCCAUCGGCACCGUGACGGCUGAGAUGGCCGCGCCGCUUUCAGAUGGGGCGAAUCACAACGGGCUCGGGGACGGCUGGAGGCGGUGCUUUGGUCAAGCCACCCCGCUCUCGACGCCGGGUCUCGCCGCCGAUCUCACCUGCCUCGUGAGUGGGCUCCCUUCCAAACUGCUCCGCUCCAGCUGCUUCUCCGCGUCCAGCGGGUGCGAGCUGGGCUCGAGGGAGGCGUCGAACGAGUACUUGAACGGCUCACCCUCGUCGUCGAGGUACUGCGAGCCGAUCGCGUCGCGCGCGGCUGGAUCCUUGAUCGAGAGCGCCGCGAACGCGCGGCUGGGCGCGAUUUCGUCUUUCACGAAGACGCGCUGGCCGCCCUCCUCCUCCACGAAGUCUCCAGGCGGCACCGCCAUCGCCUCUGCGAAACGAACGCUCAUCCGGCGAAGCUUCGGAUCCGCGAGCACGGCGCCACCGGCUCUUGUCCGUUCCGAGGCUGUCUCGAGCUCGCGGUACGCGCUCCCCAUCGGGGCAGCGUCGGCCUUGGGCGCGUCUGCGUCGCCGGGUCGUUCGACGGCGACGGCAGUGAGCGGCGCGCCCCCCACGAACGGGUCACAGACGGCCCCCUGCCCGGCACCUCCGGCGCUGCCUCCGCGCCGGGCGCUCUCUGGAUCGGCGACGCGGCCAGCCCCGGCUGCCCUCGUCGCUUCGUCGACGCGCCAACGCGGCGGAUCCGGCUCCGGCGCACUCCGCUUCCCCGGCCAGUGCGGGGCGAGGGCGGGCGCUUGGCUCGAUGGAUCAGGUACCGGGGUGGUGCUCUCUCGGCUCGCCUCGCAGCCCGGCAUCGCGGCGUAG